GCUAGGUUUUGACGAAAGCACGCUAGAAAGUCUAGAAAAUCCUGUUAGUGUAACGAUGGCGCCGAAGAAGAAAUCAAAUCUUGAUCCUCCCAAAAUAACAGCUUUUCUACAUCGGCGAGCAGCAACAGAGUCUCAUCAAUCGAUCCGUUCAUCACAUACCCCGCAAAAUGCUACCCCGCUACAGGCCCGAGCAGAUUCCAAACCGGCACACUCCCAGGUGGAUCCCACCCCGGAACACGCCGAACUAAAUCCUGUCCCGGCACACGCCCAAGUGGAUCCCAUCCCGAAACACGCCCAAGUGAAUCCCAUCCCGGCACACGCCCAAGUGAAUCCCAUCCCGGCACACGCCCAAGUGAAUCCCAUCCCGAAACAUGCCCAAGUGAAUCCCAUCCCGGAACACGCCCAAGUGGAUCCCAUCCCGGCACACGCCCAAGUGGAUCCCAUCCCGGAACACGCCCAAGUGAAUUCCAUCCCGAAACACGCCCAAGUGAAUCCCAUCCUGGCACACACCCAAGUGGAUCCCAUCCCGGCACACGCCCAAGUGGAUCCCAUCCCGGCACACGCCCAAGUGGAUCCCAUCCUGGCACACGCCCAAGUGGAUCCCAUCCCGAAACACGCCCAGGUGGAUCCCAUCCCGGAACACGCCCAAGUGGAUCCCAUCCCGCAACACGCCCAAGUGGAUCCCACCCCGGAACACGCCCAAGUGAAUCCUACCCCGGCACACGCCCAAGUGAAUUCCAUCCCGGCACACGCCCAAGUGGAUCCCAUCCCGGAACACGCCCAAGUGGAUCCCAUCCCGAAACACGCCCAAGUGGAUCCCAUCCCGGAACACGCCCAAGUGAGUCCCAACCCGGAACACGCCCAAGUGAAUCCUACCCCGGCACACGACUAA